CGUUAACAGCCCGUGUGUGGCCAGCACAGUCGCACUCUGUGUCGGGACCAGUCUGAGGAGCUGCUGUCGACUGGGAGAGACUGGCACAGAGACUAAAACGACACCUGCCGUAACGCUCUGAGCACACUGAUCUUGUGGUGAGCCUUGUGUGUCCUGCACAUGUAGCGGAGAAUCCCACACGUAGCCUGGAAGGCACGACGCGAUAAUGCCAGAGUCAUCCCUUGAAAUCAAGGACAUUUCCGGCAGCUCUUUCAAAUGUGGAACAUCUCCCAUGAGGCAGUUCAGCCAAUCAUCGCUGCUGCCGCUGCGAGUGCACAGAAACUCCUACAUGCUCAGUGCCUUCUGCACCGAAGACAACAUGCAAGAAUGUCUAUCACACAUCAAUCAGGAGGUUUCUGCCCUUGGUCUCCGACCAGUCUGGACUGAGUCAGGUGGGAGCUCAGAGCUGAAUGUCGUGGCUGUGCUGAACAGCAUGUAUGACCUGAUUCAGCUGCACCGCAAAGGCCUCCGGACCUUGGAAGACAUGGAAGUGGAGCAGCUUAAGUCAAGCAGUAAUGUCGACUUCUUGCAGCUCACCAACACCCGGCUAAAGGAGCAGCUUGAGCUUUCGAAAAGAGAAAACACAGGGCUUCUUGAGAGAGAACGACAGCUACAGCUGAAAGUGAAGAGCUUGCAGAACUGCUUGAAAAAUGAAAAGGAAGAGGUACAAAAACUUCAGAACAUCAUCUCCAGCCGGGCCAUCCAGUACAAUCAUGACAUGAAAAGGAAGGAAAGAGAAUUCAACAAACUGAAGGAGCGCUUGAACCAACUGCUGGUAGACAAAAAGGAGAAGAAGCAAGCCAUUGAAGUAUUAAACUACAUUGGCAGAGCAGAUGGCAGGAGGAGCCUUUGGAAAACUGUGAAGACAGAGGCCAAGCAUGAGGAGGAGAUGUAUAAGACUCUGCUGAGCGACUAUGACAACCGACAGAGGGAGCUGGUGCUGGAGAACACAGAGCUGCGCAAAGUGUUGCAGCAGAUGAAAAGAGACAUAGUGACCAUUCUGAGUUCAAGGAAGCCGACUCCAAAAGGCGAGAAAAAUGAAGAUGGCAUAAUACAGGUGGACUCAGAGGAGGAAGAGGAAGUGUUUGAUUCCAGUAAGGAGAGCAUAGAGCUGUCCUGUGUACACGCCCGAGAGAAGCUGACCAACAGCAUUCGCCUUCAGUGGAGAAGACUCAAGAGCCACGUUGAGAGACUGGACAGCCAGGCAUCUUUAGCGCAGAUGGGUGAGAGGACCAACGUAGACGCUAUUCCACGGGAGGCUCACGACGAGGAGAUGAACAGGCUAAAACUGGAGAUCCAGCAGUGCAAAGACUUCAUUCACACACAGCAGCAGCUCCUGCAGCAGCAGCUGAGCUCUCCAUGCGACGAGGAGACGGCGUCCCUGCUGAACGACUGCUACAUGUUGGAGGAGAAGGAGCGCCUCAAGGAGGAGUGGAAGACCCUCGAGGGACAGAGAAAGAACUUGGAGAAGGAGAGAAGGAACUUCACUGAGGCAGCCAUAAGACUGAGCCAUGAGAGGAAGGCCUUCGAGGAGGACCGGGCAACAUGGCUCAAACACCAGUUUUUAAACUUGACGCCAUUCGCAGACCCAAAGAAACCCCCAAUGUCAAAGUCAAAAAGUGCCUUUUCAAUAACUGAACCGGAGGCUAGUGCAGCGUCGACUUCGGGAAAUCUUGACAAAUCCCAGUCCCACACAACUUUCUCCACUGCCAAAUGUGCCCCGGUCAAAUCACCAUCCGCAGCAGACUUGUAUCGCACACUUCGCCUUAUCCCAGAAAACAGCACAGCCAAACCAAAGAGAAGAAUUUCAUGUGUGCAAGAGUCAAGUGUCUUUCGCAACGGUGAUGUCCUGGUCCAGCACAAACAGUGGAACGACAGAGAAGACCCCAGGAGCCACACACCUAAUGAGGAAAAGAAUAGCUCGAUAUGAACCCAAAAAGUUGAUUCAGUGGCGAUACUAUCGACACAUUAAAUGCCAUCUGUGGAGUUGCAACCAUGCAGCUGAAUGGGGAAUGCCAAACACUUGAAGAUACCUUGUGGGACGACUAAAUAGUUAUCAGUAGUGAAAACCGGAGAGGGGGUUCAGACAGGCCCCAGGUGUUCUGUGUAUUGGGUGCUGUGUGACAUGAGCGAUAAGUUGUAAUUUAUUAUUUUUGUUGUUUUUAUUAGCUUACUUUUGUAUUCUUAGAUUUGGUGAACUGUUUUGUAUUUAUUUAUUUGUUUCUGUAAAUGUUGCUUUCCAACUUUGAUCAUAUCAAGAGCAGUAACACAGAGAGCAGUAUUUUUUGGCAAGGUGGCUGUAACACAUGAUCAAACACGGGUAACUGAUAACUGAUUGUUUAACUACCCUCACAGCUAGUGUUGCACAGAAAAAAUGCUGCCCUGUGUGUUAUUGCCUUUGAAGUAAUGUUAUCAUGGUAAAACUUUUGUGAACUGGCACAACAUUGUAGAAUGUAGAAUGAAAUGCUGCUACACUAAAUGCAAUAAGAAACUGGGAAUAAUAUACGAUAUGCUUCUAGGAGUAACCAUAGAAGUGUGCUUAACAAACCACAUUUUUUUCCCUAUGAAUUGUACAGUACUGUUAACUACAUUAUAAGCAACAUUAAUGUGACUCAUUAGUGAGUGCAGGUAGAAACAGAAAGGGCGAAAGCAAAAUCCUGAUGCUAUGGAUUAGACCACUCUGAUAUCAAUGUGAAUUUGAAUUCUUCUCAGCAUUUUUCUCAUAGAUAUGUAAUUAUCAUAGUGGCUUUAUACUGACAGAUGAUGGUCAUUCUUACAGUGAGAUGUGAAAUAAUGUACCUGAGACAAUCUUAUUAUAUGUAUCUGAAACAUAA